GGGGGUUAGAGAGAAAGAGCGAAGAAAAGUUGCAAACGGCUCCGCGCGUCCCGAGCCUCCCGCCCCCCCCCCGCCCCUCCGAGCAGGAGAAGAUAAUAUAGCGAAAAGAAGAGGAGGAGGAGAGCGCGACGGGACGGACGCGAGCGGGAGUGCAGCCGCCCUCCCGGCUCCGUCGCGGCGCCUCGCGGGUCCGGGAGGCGAGGGGGCCCCGCGGGGAGACGCCGUGACGACUUUCGUCCCCCCCCCCGAGGGAGCCGGGAGGUCGGCGGCCCCGAAAGACAUGAAUUACCUGUUUCACAGAUGAGGAAACUAAGACCUUAGAGAGACUAAUUUAUCCAAAUCCCAAAGCAAGUAAGAAGUGGCAGCGGACCUGGAGCCGAGACCUUCUGGCUCAUUCUCAGAGACAGCGGUGAUCUGGCUCCUCCCACAGAAUCCCGUCAAGAUUAUAUGAAUCCGGAUAUACAGCUUUUCAGCCCCAUGUAAAGCUGUUGGCGCGAGGGAACAGAGGUAAAGAAUGAUGUAAUGCACUGGCUGCCCCAAAGCAUCUUUUGUUGGAAUGGUUAUUCCAGUCAUCUCUUUAUGAAUCAAGUGUGAGGGGCUGCUUUGUGGCAGGAGGCCUCUGCGAGAGCACAUCAACGGGAAAGAGAAAGAGACAUUCACUUGGAGGGCUCUUGCUGAAAAUGGGUUUAACUCUCCUCUUGCCAGUCGCCACCAGCCUGACCUCAUACAUUUCAGUACAAUGGAGUGGCUGAGCCUUUGAGCACACCACCAUUACAUCAUCGUGGCAAAUUAAAGGAGGAGGUGGGAAAAGAGGACUUAUUGUUGUCAUGGCCCAUGAGAUGAUUGGAACUCAAAUUGUUACUGAGAGGUUGGUGGCUCUGCUGGAAAGUGGAACGGAAAAAGUGCUGCUAAUUGAUAGCCGGCCAUUUGUGGAAUACAAUACGUCCCACAUUUUGGAAGCCAUUAAUAUCAACUGCUCCAAGCUUAUGAAGCGAAGGUUGCAACAGGACAAAGUGUUAAUUACAGAGCUCAUCCAGCACUCAGCCAAACACAAGGUCGACGUUGAUUGCAGUCAGAAGGUUGUAGUUUACGAUCAAAGCUCCCAAGAUGUGGCCUCUCUGGCCUCAGACUGUUUUCUCACUGUACUCCUGGGUAAACUGGAGAAGAGCUUCAGCUCUGUUCACCUGCUAGCAGGUGGGUUUGCCGAGUUCUCCCGCUGUUUCCCUGGCCUCUGUGAAGGAAAAUCCACCCUAGUCCCCACCUGCAUUUCUCAGCCUUGCUUACCUGUUGCCAACAUUGGGCCAACCCGAAUUCUGCCCAAUCUCUAUCUUGGCUGCCAGCGAGAUGUCCUCAACAAGGAGCUGAUGCAACAGAAUGGGAUUGGUUAUGUGUUAAAUGCCAGCAACACCUGUCCCAAGCCUGACUUUAUCCCUGAAUCUCAUUUCCUGCGAGUGCCUGUGAAUGAUAGCUUUUGUGAGAAAAUUUUGCCGUGGUUGGACAAGUCAGUAGAUUUCAUUGAGAAAGCAAAAGCCUCCAAUGGAUGUGUCCUAGUGCACUGCUUGGCAGGGAUCUCUCGCUCUGCCACCAUCGCCAUUGCCUACAUCAUGAAGAGGAUGGAUAUGUCCUUGGAUGAAGCUUACAGAUUUGUGAAAGAAAAAAGACCUACUAUAUCUCCGAACUUCAAUUUUCUGGGCCAGCUCCUGGACUACGAGAAGAGGAUUAAGAGCCAGACCGGAGCGGCGGGGCCCAAGAGCAAACUGAAGCUGCUGCACCUGGAGAAGCCAAGCGAGCCCGUCCCGGUCGCCGUCGCCGCCGCGGAGGGCGGGCAGGGAGGCCAGCCGCCCCUCGGGCCGCCCCGCGCCCGUCCCGCCGCCGCUCCCCCCGAGGCGUUGGGGCCCCGGCCUGUGCCCCACGCCGGUGCGCCCGGCGCCCAGCCCUCGCCUCCCGACGACGGCCCCCUGGUCCAGGCGCUCAACGGGCUCCACCUGCCCGCGGACCGGCGGGAGGACAGCGGCCGCCUCAAGCGCUCCUUCUCCCUGGACAUCAAGGCGGUGUCGCCGUCAGCCGGCGCGGCCGCGCCCCUGCGCGGGCUCUCCUCCCCGGAGGCGGCCCCGGAGCCCUACAAGCCCUCCUCCGCCCUGGAGGGCGCCGGCAAGCCGUGCCAGUUCUCCCCGGUGCGGGAGGUGUCGGAGCAGACGCCCGAGGCCAGCCCGGAGCGGGAGCGGGAGCGGGAGCGGGAGGGGGCCGGCCCGCCCCGGGGCCCCCAGCCUCCGAGGGCCCCCGAGGGCCAGGGCGCGCGGCCCCGCGCGGGGAGGCCGCUCCUGUCGCCCCUGCCCCGCAGCGGCAGCGUGGAGGACCACUGCCAGCCCCGCUUCCUCUUCGGCCUCUCGGCCAGCCAGCAGCACCUGGCCCCGUCCGCCGCCGGGCUGGGCCUCGAGGGCUGGCGCUCGGACAUCCUGGCCCCCCAGACCUCCGCCCCCUCCUUGGCCAAGAGCUGGUACUUCGCCCCCGAGCCCCCUCACUUCUACUCGGCCUCGGCCGUCUACGGAGGCCACGCCGGCCCCCCCGCCUUCAGCUGCGGCCAGCUGCCCGCCUGCGGCGGCGACCCAGGCCACUCCGUGCGCCGGCGGCAGAAGCCCAGCGGCAGGGCCGGCUCCCGGCGCAGCUGGCACGAGGAGAGCCCCUUCGAGAAGCAGCUCAAACGCAGAAGCUGCCAGAUGGAGUUUGGCGAGAGCAUCGUGUCCGAAAACCGGUCGCGGGAGGAACUGGGGAAGGUGGGCAGCCAGUCGAGCUUUUCAGGCAGCAUGGAAAUCAUCGAGGUCUCCUGAGAAGAAAGACACUUGUGACUUGUGUGGACAGCUUUUUUCUUGUUCACAAAAGAAUAUUCCCUGUAAAUCUGAAAUAUAUAUAUGUACAUACAUAUAUAUUUUUGGAAAAUGGAGCUAUGGUGUAAAAGC